CAAAAUCUUUUCAGUUCAGAAAGUUUCUUCUCUCAAAUUUAUUAUUUCGAAAUUAAAUAUUGAGGAAAACAACAGAUAAAGAAAGACAGAAGAAAAAAUGGCGACUGGAGAAGAGAACAAGCAAGACGACGUCGUUGCUAUCGAGCUUCCUGCUCCAACUGGCUGGGUGAAGAAGUUUACUCCAAAGAAAGGAGGCACCCCACAGAGGAAUGACAUUGUUUUUAUAUCGCCCACUGGGGAAGAGAUCAAGAACAAGAGACAGCUGGAUCAGUACCUCAAGUCUCACCCUGAUGGCCCUGCCGUCAAUGAAUUUGAUUGGGGCACAGGGGAUACCCCAAGGCGCUCCGCGAGAUUGAGCGAGAAAUCAAAGGCGCCUGAGGGGCCCACAAGCUCAUCCCCAAAGAAAAGGAGAAAGAAAUUGAGCACAAAGGAGGAAUCUGACGAGAAGAGCAAUGCUGAUGCAGAAGGUGAAACUGAAGACACUAAAGAAGUUGCUGAUGUGGACACAAAUGGAGUUUGGGACGGGGAAGUCAUUACCGAGGAGGCAAUCCCAGAAAAACCUGAUACUGAGAAAGUCGAGACGGGAACUGAGAAGGAGGCCAAGGUGAAUUUAGAUGAAUCUUCUGCAGCUGAAAUGAAAAAUGAAGCCAAAACCGAGAAUUCAAUUGAUGAUGUUCAAAAAUCCAAUGAAGUGGCUUCGAAGGUACCUUUUGCUUCCGAUGCUCAAAAUGACUCCACUACUGAGAAAGUGAAUAUGGAUGUUGAAAAAUCCAACAAUGCGAAAAAUGAGGAAUCUAUCAGUGCAUUGCCCAAGAAAGAAGCUUCAUAUGGGAAGUUCGACUCUGUGGAACCAGUUGAUGAAGAUAAGGAUGCAGAGAAACAAAAGUCAGAAAAGCCUGUUGAGAAUGAUGUUGAUCUGCACGAACAAGAACCGACCAUGGGUAGCUAAAGGAUUUCAUAUAUUUUUUUUUUUCAUUAGGAUUUCAUCUUGGUACUGCCUAUAGGGCUCUAACUAGACUGCUCCAGAAAGAUGACUUGUGUAGGGAUUCUUGUAGCAAUUGAUGUUGAUGAUGUCUAGUACCUUUCUUGUCACGCGGGACACAAACUUGUCGAUAUGCACUCUUUCUGACAUUAAUCGAUGUUUUGGUUUAUUUUCCAUAGCAAUGCAUUUUUGGUGAUAAGUUGCUUCACAGUUCACCCAAGAAUUUGUUAUGAUAUAAUUAUUUUGUUAUAUAUGUAUUUUUCUG